AUGGAGAACAAGGAUAUUGUGGAAGAAUCAAUGAAUAAAGUGAGUCAUAUAAUAGAAUACAAGAGGAGGAAGAAGAGGUCAUGGGCUGAUCUUCCACAAGAACUUCUUGAACAAAUCAUGACACGCCUCUCCUUCACUGAUCAAAUACGUUUUCGAGCAACAUGUAAAGAAUUGAAAUCCGUAGCCAGAACUCUUCCCAUGGAUCAACUUCCAUGGCUUGUGUCAUAUGACAAUGACGAGGACAAUGGUGGUUCAUACACCCUUUGUCCCCCCUCCAACAUAUACACCUACACUUUCAGAAUUGAACCCGAAGACCCUGCUUACAUGAUCUUUAAUCCUAUCAAGGUUUGUGCUUCAAAUUUCGGUUGGUUAUUACUGUACGAAUUCCCUCACAAACUUCUCUUUUUCUUCAAUCCUUUCAAGAAUGAAGUUAUAGAAUUACCUCCCCUAGAGGUUCAGCAUUGCGAAGUAGCCUCAUUUUCGUCUCCACCAACACAACCAGACUGCAUUAUCUUUGUAUUGGACAAUUCUUGUUCGGACACUAAGAUUACCAUAUGUCCUCUCAAGGAUAAAAAAUGGACUAUGUAUGAAUUCGAUACCCAUUUUCAUCCAGUUGAGAAUGUUGUUUACUUUAAAAGGAGCUUUUAUUGUGCCGAAAUCAAUGGAGCACUUGGAGUGUUCAAUUUGGAAGAACGGAAAUGGAAGACUCUUCCGGAAUCGAAAGCAAUACCGAAGGGGGCAUACAAGCAGAAGACAUAUCUGGUAGAGGGCACUGAUGGAGAGCUUUUAUUAGUGAUGGAGGCCUGUUUGUUCUCGUGGAUACGAGUUUAUAAGCUCGAUUUUGCUAAGAUGAGAUGGGUGAUUGUGGAAAAAUUGGAAAAACGAACAUUGUUUCUUAUUGAUUCAACAUCAAUUGCAACCUAUACAACAGUGAGAGACAUGGUGGAUAGAUACCACUAUAUUUCUGAUGGACUGAUGAUGUUUUAUUCCAAUAAGGCUGGUCGAAGGUAUCCAUGCACCAAGAAGUAUUAUGGAGUUGAUGCAGAGAACUUUGGAAACAUGUGGAUUCAACCACCCUAUUAG